AUGGUUGCUCUUGUUAAGAAGCUUCGAAAUUCCGUUCUAAUUUCUUCAUUCAACUCUGAAGGUCAUACCCCAAAAAAACGAUUUAGCAACAAUGAAUUUGGUGGAAAACAUAGGUUUGACCAUAGAUUCAGUACAUUUGAAUCAAGAGAACAAUGGAUAUCUCAAAAAGAUAUUGAUGGAUUGAAAAGUGGCAAAUUUAGGCAAACAAGAAGUUUUGUUAUAAUUGGACGACUUUUUAAAUAUGGUGUUCCUAGGACAGUUCAUACGAAGAUGUUAAAAAGUUACAAAGAUUCCUUUACUGGUAGAGAGGCUACUUUAUUUUUGAUGACAAAUAUUGUACCAAGAGUAUAUGACCCUAAACCUGGUACAGAUUAUAGAAGUAUUUCUAUAUCAUUAUUGUCAUAUUUUUUACGUGAAGGAUUUAUUAUUGAAGUUGGAAAAAAUAGUAAGGAGGAAAAUUUUAAAGAUUCAACAUCAAAAUUAUAUUGUAUUAAUGAAAAUUAUACUUUUCCCGAAAUUCCUUAUGACUUUAAUCCAACGGAAAGUUGUCGAUUUGAACAGUCAACUUUUUCAACAAAAAGAGGAGUAUUUUACAAUAAUACAAGACAACGAAUGAUAUCACUUAGUCAAGAUUCUGGAUUUAAUAGUUCUCUUCCAAUGGAAAGUCCCGAGUUGUCUCCAAACACAACAAAUGUUAUUGAGAAUCUUAUACCAGAAUAUAUUUCACUUUCAACUGAAAAUAAGAGUGACGACAAUACUAUACCAGAAGAAAUUGAAUUAUCCCCAUCGACUCCAGUUAACAGGAAUUCUAGAUUUAGUAAGAGUGAUUUUUCUUCAACCAGUUUUAACACUAUUACAUAUCCAUCAACUUCCUAUUCUAACUUGGUUGUCAUCAAUUCAGAUAGCAAAGUUUUUGAAACUAUACAUAGCAAUAGAUCAAGAACAAGUGUUAUUUUGUAUACUGAUCAAGAUAAUUUUGAAAUUUUUUAUGAUUCUGAUACAGCUUCAGAUUCUGGUGAAAGAGAAAUAUUUGCUGAGUGUGGUCCUAACGGUCAUGCCUUAACUCAUGAAAUGAUUUAUGGUGUUGCAUUAAGGGGAUUCUUAAGAGAGAUAGUUGGUUCAGAAGUUAGAAGGAAAUUGUUAAAGCAAUUAAAUUAUUCUUGUAGUGAUUUAAAAAGGAAUCUUGAAAAUGUUAAUGUAAAUCAAAUCGUCUAUGUAGAACCUGAAAAUGAUGUAAUACCUCGAAUUCUGUCAUCUAUUUCUGCAGUAACAGAGAGCAGUGAUAAUGGUAAAGUUGUUGAGGAUAUGUCAGAGUAUGAUAACCUUCUCCAUAUGAUUGAGGCAGAUCAAUUAGAUCAUUUUGAAGGUAGACCUUAUCUUCCUGAUGAUUUUACAAAACUAAUCUUAAAAAUGGCAUUUUUCUACAAAAGUGAUAACAAAAAAAUCCGAAUGACAUUGAAGUAUUCUAAACAAAAUGGGCGAAACAUUUUGAAAGAGUUCAAACCAUUGUCAAAUGAAUUCCUGGCUUCUAUACCUGAAGAUUUUGAUUGGAAAAAUGAAAGGAAUAUUUUUGUUUUUGAGAAAGAUACAAGUAGAACUCUCGGCAGUGGAUUACUUACAUAUGAUAUUGAGGAAGAAGAUUCUGCAGAGUUUCUUGAUUUAAUUUCUUCACUUUUAUUAUUAUUACCUUCUUAUAUUAGAAGGAGAAUACAGUUGUUUGUUAAAUAUAUGGUUGAAGUGGAAGAAAAUUCUUCAUUCCAAAUUAAAGAAGAUGUACCAAAUCGCUACUUUUUGUUGCGUGAUUUUUCAAAUAUUCUGGUGGAUUCAACUUCUAUGACUGUUUCUGUAUGGAUAACAACAUUCUUUUUAGAUAAUUUCUCCAAGAUAUUUACUUUUCCACCAAAGAUACAGGCGACGGUCUCAGCUCUUCAUAAAACAUCACCACCAAGGCCAACUAAAAAAUUACAUGAAGACGGUAAAUUAUGCACAGAUCACGAAUGUUACCGAUGUUUCCAAUAUGUUAACAAGCAACUUCGUACUCAACUAACAUACAUCAUAACAAAUCCUAAUUUAACUAACACUGUUCGUAAAAAAGAACUGGAGACAUUUAAAUCACGUUAUCCAUACAUAUACUAUGAAAUGUUCCCUAAAAAUACAACCAAAUUAUCUAAAAGAUUGUAUUCAGCUGUGAAGUCUAUUUUUUCUAAAUAA